AUGAAUUUCUAUUUCCAAGCUGCCGGCGUUCUUGAUCGCCUGGGGGAGAAACGUGGGUCUGUGAAGGGCCUCAUCGCCGCACUGCCCGAAAAAGAUCGCAAGCGUACGGCUGCCCUGGUCAUCGAGACGUUGAAAUACAAGCCUGUCCUUGCGGACACCAUCGCCGCGGCGCAGUUGCACAAGCAUGAAAGGAAGCUCAACUCGGCCAAUCUCGCCUUAGUCCUCGUUCAUGACGCUCUACUUGCCUCGGGAGGCAUACAGGCCGGCGAUGGCCCCCUUAAACAGGCUGUUCUACGGCACAAGACUCGACUGAAUAGUGAGCUGCAGCGCAUAAAGAUCAAGCGCGGAGUGAGUUCGAAUGCAGAAUUGGCGGCAUCUGCUGACGCGCGCGCUGCCAGUAUACCGCGCUAUGUACGGAUCAACACUCUGAAGUGGUCACUGGAGGAAGCUCUUCGGACGUUAGAGUCGCAAGGAUUCAAGCCAGGUAGCGCUCAAGACCUGCAGCCACGGGAGUACGCGAAGGACGAGCACAUUCCAAACCUGUUGCUGUUUCACCCACAAACCACCUUCCAAGAUGAUGCCGCCUACACCGCGGGCAAGCUCAUACUACAAGAUAAAGCGUCCUGCUUCCCCGCGACCGUCCUUUCCCCGCCUGUGCAUGAUCGUGCUGCGGUCAUUGACGCCACUGCUGCACCCGGUAACAAGACAUCACAACUCAGCGCGCUCAUGAAGGGCAAAGGGACCCUUAUGGCCUUCGAACGUGACCGUCGUCGGUUCGGCACCCUGCAAACGAUGCUUGGCAAGGCUGGAUGUCCCAACACUACCCCCCUCAACGCUGACUUCCUUACAACGGACCCGAAGGACGAGCGCUUUGCGAGCAUCUCCCACAUCCUGCUCGAUCCGUCAUGUAGCGGCUCCGGCAUUGUCAACCGUUUGGACUAUCUCAUGGAGCCAGAGGACGACUCCGAUGGUAGCGCUGAGCAGGCGCGUCUUGAGAAACUAGCUUCCUUCCAACUCCUCAUCAUCCGACAUGCGAUGAAGUUCCCCGCUGCUCGCAAGAUUGUCUACUCGACGUGCAGCGUCCACAAUGUAGAGAACGAGCAAGUCGUCAAGGCGGCGCUUGCGAGUGAAGAAGCGAUAGACGCCGGCUGGACGUUAGCGCCUCGCUCAAGGGUGUUGCCAUCAUGGCCUCGGCGCGGACAUCCCGACAUUCUCGCAGAUCAGGAUGCCACUAACUCUGUUGUGCGCUGCGAGCCCGGCGAGGACGCUACGAACGGUUUCUUCGUCGCCUGCUUCGAGCGAAGCGCUGACAAGAAGCGGAAAGCCGAACAUAAUGAGGACGACGCAGAACAUAUCGUAGAACAUGACCAAGCACCCGCCAAGAAGAAGCGGAAAAAGAAGAAAAAGAAGUCGAAGCCGGCGGGCGCACCCGAGGUUCCUGCAGGUUCGGGUGCGGCGUCGUCCUGA